UGAGCUCGGGCUGUCGCUGUCGCAGGAUGUCGGCCUUCAGACUGGGUGACCAUGUGUGGCUGAACCCCACCUCUGCCAGCAAAACCAACAUUGCCAUCGGGGGUGUCAUCAAAGAAACAAAGCCCGGCCGGACCCUGGUUGAAGAUGACGAGGGCAAGGAACACUGGGUCCAGGCAGAGAACCUCGGCACCCUCAGUCCCAUGCACCCCAACUCGGCCGAGGGUGUGGACGACAUGAUCCACCUGGGGGACCUGAAUGAGGCGGGCAUGGUGCACAACCUCCUGAUCCGCUACCAGCAGCACAAGAUCUACACAUACAUGGGCUCCAUCCUGGUGGCCGUGAACCCGUUCCAGGUGCUGCCGCUCUACACGCGGGAGCAGGUGCAGCUGUACUACAGCUGCCACAUGGGCGAGCUGCCGCCGCAUGUCUUCGCCAUCGCCAACAGCUGCUACUUCAACAUGAAGAGGAACAAGAGGGACCAGUGCUGCAUUAUCAGUGGCGAGUCCGGGGCCGGGAAGACGGAGACCACCAAGCUCGUCCUGCAGUUCCUGGCCACGGUCAGCGGCCAGCACUCCUGGAUCGAGCAGCAGGUGCUGGAGGCCAACCCCAUCCUGGAGGCCUUUGGAAACGCCAAGACAAUCCGAAAUGACAACUCAAGCCGCUUUGGGAAGUACAUUGACAUCUACUUCAACCCCAGUGGGGUAAUCGAAAGUGCACGCAUCGAGCAGUUUCUCCUGGAGAAGUCCCGGGUCUGCCGGCAGGGGAACUGCACCUCCUGCGAGGGGCUGGACGAUGCCAAGGACUACGCCCACGUGCGCUCCGCGUUGAAGAUCCUCAUGUUCUCCGAUGCCGAGCACUGGGACCUCAGCAAGCUGCUGGCAGCCAUUUUGCACCUGGGGAACGUGGAGUUCACGGCUGCAGUCUUUGAGAACCUGGAUUCCUCCGAUGUGAUGGAGACGCCUGCCUUCCCCACGGUGGCCACGUUCCUGGAGGUGACGCAGCAGGCGCUCCGGGACUGCCUGGUCAAGCACUCCAUCGCCAUCCGCGGGGAGCUGGUCGCCAGGCCGCUGAGCACCACCCAGGCUGCCGACCGGAGGGACGCCCUCGUCAAGGGCAUCUAUGGGCACCUCUUCCUGUGGAUCGUCAAGAAGAUCAACGCUGCGAUUUUCACUGCCCCCACCCAGGACCCGAAACAUGUGCGAAGGGCCAUUGGCCUCCUGGACAUAUUUGGCUUUGAAAAUUUCCAGAACAAUAGCUUCGAGCAGCUCUGCAUCAACUUCGCCAACGAGCACCUGCAGCAGUUCUUCGUGCAGCACGUGUUCACCCAGGAGCAGGAGGAGUACCACUCCGAGGGCGUGGCCUGGGACUUCGUCGGCUACACGGACAAUCGGCCCACCCUGGACCUGCUGGCCCUGAAGCCCAUGAGCAUCAUCUCCCUCCUGGACGAGGAGAGCCGCCUCCCACAGGGGACGGAUGCCACCAUGCUGCAAAAACUGAAUAGUGUCCAUGCCAACAACAAGGCCUUCCUGCAGCCCAAGAACAUCCACGACGCCAGGUUCGGCGUUGCCCACUUUGCUGGAGAGGUGUACUACCGGGCGGAAGGCUUCUUGGAGAAGAAUCGAGACGUGCUGAGCACAGAUAUCCUCACCCUGGUCCACUCCUCCCAAAACAAGUUCCUGCGGGAAAUCUUCAAGUUGGAGUCAGCGGACAUCAAGCUGGGCCGCGGGACUAUCCGCCGGGGGCAGGCGGGGAGCCAGGUCCUCAAGUCGGCAGACUCCAGCAGGCAGCCUGCCACCUUGGCAGGACAGUUCAAGCAGUCCCUGGACCAGCUGAUGAAAAUCCUGACCAACUGCCAGCCCUCCUUCAUCCGCUGCAUCAAACCCAAUGAGCACAAGAAGCCGCUGCUCUUCGACCGUGAGCUGUGCCUGCAGCAGCUGCCCUCCUCGGGGCUUCGGGACAAGUGUCGGCAGAUGACGCUGCGCAUCGCUGACACGUGGCUGGGGACAGACAGAGACUGGAAAGUAGGAAAGACCAAAAUUUUCCUGAAGGAGCAUCAGGACGCUCUGCUGGAGGUGCAGAGGAGCCAGGCCCUGGAGACAGCCGCGGUCAGCAUCCAGAGAGUCCUGCGGGGCUACAAGCACAGGCGGGAGUUUCUGCAGCAGCGGCAGGCCGCCGUGAGCCUGCAGGCAGCGUGGAGAGGCCGCCGCGCGCGACAAAGCUGCAGGGGCUACCUGGUGCGCCAGCAGGUCCAGGCCCGGAGGAGGGCCGUGGUGGUCAUCCAGGCACACGCCAGGGGUAUGGCCGCCCGACGGAACUUUCGGCAGCAGAAAGCCAAUGUAGGUGGUCACUGCCUUUGUGAGCAGGGGCUGCCGGCCACCACCAACCAGCAGCCGGGCCCCAGGGCUCCAGCCGCCAGGAAGCGCAAGUCAAUCUAUGACACCGUCACCGACACCCAGAUGGUGGAGCAAGUGUUUGGCUUCCUCCCAUCCAUGAUCGGGGGGCAGGAGGGCCAGGCCCCCUCCCGCUUUGAGGACUUGGAAACAAAGACUCAGCAGCUGCCCGAGGUGGACCUGGACGCCGUCCCCGCGCUGGAUGAGCCCGAGGACGACAGGGACGGCCUGGCCGAGUACAGCUUCCCCAAGUUCGCGGCAACCUACUUCCAGAAGUCGGCCAGCCACACGCACAUGCGGAAGCCCCUGCGGUACCCGCUGCUCUACCACGAGGAUGACGCCGACUGCUCGGUAAACAGCGCUCUGCUCCGGCGGCUCGGGGCCCGUGGCCUCAGCCUGCGCUGUGGUUCAGAGCAACGAGCAGGGGCAGGGCCUAUCCUGAGGUUCAUGGGCGACCUCCCCGAGCCCGUGCUCUUCGCCAGGACGCGGCCGGCCCAGGACGCCGCGGGCAGAGAGGGCAGCGCCCGGCCUCCACAGCACGGAUCUGCACAGAGGCCCAGCCUCAGGGACAGAAGGACCAAGGACAUCUCCUCCAUGAAGCUGAAGCGCUCCUCCCAGAUCACGGGCCAGGUGGCGAGCCAACUGAAUAUUGGAGAGGAGGCAUUUGAGUCUGAGGGCUCCCUCUCUGACCGACCCAUGUCCAACCUGGAGAAGGUGCACUUCAUUGUGAGCCACGCCCUCCUGCAGUCCAGUCUCAGGUCAGUCCCACUCUCACCUCACACCAUGGCCAGUGCGGCUCGGCUGGCCGAGCGCAUCCUGUGCACGAGAGUCGCCGGUGCCACUCCUGGUCAGGGCACGCGCCUGGGCUGCAGGUUCCGUCCCCCGUCGGGGCACGUGCGGAAGUAUCUGCUGAACUUCAUCGGCGAAGGGCCAGCUGGCUACGGGCCCUUCUGUGCCGAGCGCCUGAGACGCACCUACGCCAACGGGGUUCGCACGGAGCCCCCCACUUGGCUGGAGCUGCAGGCGGUCAAGUCCAGGAAGCACAUCCCGGUGCAUGUCGUCCUGGCGACGGGGCAGAGCCUGACCGUCACAGUGGACUCGGCCUCGACCUCGCAGGAAGUCUGCCUGCACAUCGCCCGCCAGCAGGGCCUCCGCGACCACCUGGGCUUUUCCCUCCAGGUCGCCGUGUACGACAAGUUCUGGUCCCUGGGCAGUGGGCGCGACCAUGUGAUGGAUGCCAUUGGCCAGUGCGAGCAGCUGGCACGGGAGAGGGGCGAGAGCGAGCGCCAGUCGCCCUGGCGCCUCUACUUCCGGAAGGAGUUCUUCAGCCCCUGGCACGACCCCCAGGAGGAUGCCGUCAGCACCGAGCUCAUCUACCGCCAAGUCCUCCACGGCGUCUGGUCCGGCGAGUACAGCUUUGAGAGGGAGGAAGAGCUGGUGGAGCUGCUGGCCCGGCACUGCUACGUGCAGCUCGGCACCUCCGUGGGGAGGGAGGCCGUGCAGGCACUGCUGCCCAGCUGCGUGCCCCCCAAGCUGUACCGGACCAAGACCCCGGAGCAGUGGGCUGGCCUCGUCGCCGCCGCCCUCGCCCAGGGGGUGCUGCAGGGCUGGGUGGGAAGGGCAGAGGAGGCCUUUGGUCACGGGGUCCUCACCCUCAGGGAGGCCCGGGGCGGGCAGAGGCUGCUGCUCUCCACGCUGCACGAGGAGGAGUACGAGUUCGUGUCGCCUAGCAGCGUGGCCAUCGCCGAGCUGGUGGCCGUUUUUCUGGAGGGCCUGAAGGAGCGGUCCGUGUUCGCCAUGGCCCUGGAGGACCAGAAGGCCACAGGCGACGCUGCCCUCCUGCCCUUCAAGAAGGGGGAUUUGCUGAUCCUGACCAAGAGCCAGGGGCGGCUGGCGGCUGAGGACUGGGUCCAGGGCCAGAACGACAGGACAGGCAGGACGGGGCAGGUGCUCGCCGCCUGCCCCAGCCUAUUCUCCCUGACAGCCGCACGCAUCCUCAGGUACAUGGGCGACUACCCGUCCAGGCAGGCCUGGGCCUCGCUGGAGCUCACCGACCAGAUCUUCGCGGGGGCCCUCCAGGAGGCCGCUCUGCAGGACGAGGUCUACUGUCAGAUCCUGAAGCAGCUGACGCACAAUACCAAGAGGUACAGCGAGGAGCGGGGCUGGCAGCUGCUGUGGCUCUGCACCGGCCUCUUCCCGCCCGGCAAGGCGCUGCUGCCCCACGUGCAGAAGUUCCUGGACACCAGAAGGGGACGGGUACAGCCGCCGCUGUGCCCCUCCUGCUCUAGGAUGGGCCCCCGGAAGCAGCCCCCCCACCAGGUGGAGGUGGAGGCGGCCGAGCAGAACGUCUCCCGCAUCUGCCACAAGGUCUUCCUCCCCAACCACACCAGCCAGAUGCUGGAGGUGGGCGCCCAUACCCGGGUGCGGGACGUGUGUGCGGGCGUGGCCAGCAAGCUGCAGCUGGCCUCCUGGGAGGGCUGCAGUCUCUUCAUCAAGAUUGCAGACAAGGUCAUCAGCCAGAAGGAGGGAGACUUCUUCUUCGACUCUCUGCGGCAGGUGUCUGACUGGGUGAAGAAAAGCAAGCCCCAGAAGGAAGGGGCCCCGCUGACGCUCCCCUACCAGGUCUACUUCAUGCGCAAACUGUGGCUUGGCGUGGCCCCUGGGAAGGACAUGAAUGCAGACACUGUGCUCCACUACCACCAGGAGCUGCCCAAGUACCUGCGCGGGUUCCACAAGUGCUCGCGGGAGGACGCAGUCCAGCUGGCAGGCCUCAUCUGCAAGGCCCAGUUCGAUAGUGACCCAGCCCAGCUGGCGAGCAUCCCCAAGGUCCUGGGGGAGCUGGUGCCUGAGAACCUGACACGCCUGAUGUCCCCGGAGGAAUGGAGAAAGAGCAUCCUCCUGGCCUACGACCAGCACAGGGACAAGACGGUGGAGGAGGCCAAGGUGGCCUUCCUGAAGUGGAUCUGCCGGUGGCCCACCUUCGGGUCUGCCUUCUUCGAGGUGAAGCAAACCUCGGAGCCCUCCUACCCGGACAUCAUCCUCAUCGCCAUCAACCGGCACGGGGUCCUGCUCAUCCACCCCAAGAGCAAGGAGCUGCUCACCACCUACCCGUUCACCAAGAUCGCCAGCUGGAGCAGCGGCAGCACCUACUUCCACAUGGUGCUGGGGAGCCUGGGCCGGGGCAGCCGCCUGCUGUGUGAGACCUCGCUGGGCUACAAGAUGGACGACCUGCUGACCUCGUACGUGCAGCAACUCCUGAGUGCCGUGGCCAAGCAGCGAGGCCCAGCCUCGGCCCCAGCCAGGCCCUAGCCCGGGACCCUGCCCACACCACCACCCUUCCCAGCCUGGGUCCUUUCAUGCCGCCCUCCCCCAAAACACACACUCCACACCCCUCGGAAGGCACUCCGGGCAGGACCUUCCCCAGGGUGCUGACCGUGGGCUAAAGGAGAGAGCCCAGGCCGGCAGGGGUGUCAGGCCUCUGGGCUGCGGAUGGCUUGGACAGUCCCCACGAAUGUUCAAUAAAAACUCC